AUGAAUAUCCUCGAAUGGGCAUUCGGAAAGCGCAUGACGCCCGCGGAGCGUCUACGCAAGAACCAGCGCAUGCUAGAUAAGGCCAUCCGUGAACUUGAUCAGAUGCGCGUCAAGCUGGAGAAGCAAGAGAAGACCCUUAUUCAACAAAUCAAAACGAGCGCCAAGAAUGGACAGAUGGGAGCUUGCAAGAUUCAGGCCAAGGAUUUGGUCCGCACGAGACGAUACGUCGAAAAGUUUUACAGCAUGCGCAGUCAAUUACAAAAGAUUUCGCUUCGCCUUCAGACAUACAGAACGAACGAACAAAUGAUGCAGGCUAUGAAGGGCGCUACCAUGGCAUUGGGAAGCAUGAAUAAAUCGAUGAAUCUUCCCCAGCUUCAACGAAUCGCCAUGGAGUUUGAACGCGAAAACGAUAUCAUGGACCAACGACAAGAGAUGAUGGACGAUGCCAUUGAUGAUGCUAUGGAUGUGGGAAUUGAAGAAGAAGGCGAUGAGGUGGUAGAACAAGUCUUGGAAGAGAUUGGUGUGGACUUUAACCAGGCACUCGGUGAAACACCUACCGCUCUGGGAACUGCGGCGGUACCUGAGGGUAAGAUCGCUCAGGCGGUUGGUGGCGGAGGCGGCGGCGGCGGCGGUGGUGACCCUGUUGACGACGACCUGCAAGCAAGACUGGAUAGUUUGCGAAAAUAG